AUGACUAUUAUAGACUUUUAUCGUGAAUAUGGCAAAUGGUUGGGUCUUGCAUUUUUGAUAAUUGAAUCGAUUUUACUUGGAGGAAAUAUUUUUGGCUUUUCGGCUCUCUUUGAUAUAUUGCCGAGAGAUGGAAUAUAUUCAAAUUUGUGUACUAAUAGAAGUACGGAACCUAUAUCGAAUGUGACGAAUGAAACAACAUUUGAAAAUUGUGAUGCCCGAACAGAACAAUAUAAGCUUGCUCUAACUAUUGGUAUUUGGUUUUAUAAUUUGAUGCCAUUCUUUCUUGGACUUUUGAUAAAUUAUUUGGGAUGUCGCUUUGUUAAACUUGUCUCUAUAAUAUUUCAUAUAGCUGGAUGGCUUAGUUUAACUUUUAUCGCACCAGGUAGAGAUUAUCUUCUAUUUCUUCAUACUAUUUUUACGUCGAUAUCAUCGAGUGUCGUUCUUAUAACUGGUUUUGCCUAUUGUCGUUAUUUUGGUGAUGGUACACGUGCUGUUGUUUCUUCAAUAAUAUCUGGUUCAUCGAUCUCGUCAACAAUGUGGUUUUCAAUAUUUCAAAGAUUGAUCACUAACAAUCAAACUAAUUUAAAAAUACUUUCGAUUAUAUGGACUGUUUUUGUUAUUAUUAUGAUUAUUACUGCUUGCUUCUUCAUGGAUUGGGAAUUUCGAUUUUUGAACUUACCAUAUAGAUUUGCUCCUAGUUCUAACACAAACAACAAUUUAACAGAAUCUACUGAUAAUAAUCAAAGAUCAAAUGCCAACGAAAUGGUUUGGUAUCAACGCAUUGUCAAUCGUGUUGGUGUUUGGGAACAUUUAUUGAGUCCAGUUUACAUAUUGGUGGUACUUUACUUGAGUUUUCUUCUUUUACCAUCAGUAUUUUUACCCGUCACUUGGUUUCCAUGGGUUAUGUAUAUCACCAAUGAUAAUAAAGAUCUUUCCAAUGAAUAUACAUUAAUAUUCAAUUUGUGUACCACUGCUGCUCUUGUUAUUUGUCCAUCUAGUGGUUUUUUGCUUGAUUUUCGAGCAAGAAAUAAUUCUAAACAACGAAUCUUCAAUAUAGCAUUAAUGCAAACAAUCACAUGGUUUAUGGCUGUAGCAGUAUGCAUUGUUCGUAUGUUCAAUACGGAGGGUUGUAUUAUAGCUGCUAUAGUUCUUAAUUGUAUUGAACGUUCACUCAUUGCUGGUGGUUGUCAAGCUGUCGUUGCAUCUUUUUUUCCAACUGAAUACCUUGGUACUUUAACUGGAGUAUUGUGGACAACGGCUGCUAUAUUUUCUUCGAUUCAGUAUGGUCUUUUACCACUUACUGAAGCUGUCGAAAAAAGUUGGCGAGCAUGGGCAAUUAUAUUGGGUCUUGUCGUAAUCAUGGCUAUUCAUUGGAUACAUAUGUGGUAUCUCUUUUUCACAUCACGUUCGAACGCUGUGGCUCAUAAAGAGGAGAUACCAUUGGAAGAACGUCAAGCCAAUGGAAGUGUUACACAUCAUACCUAUGACAAUGAAACAACAGAAGAGGACUCAACUAGAAUUUGA